CGUGGCUGUCGGUGAGACGUGUGAGUGACAGAGAAGACAGACGCGAGGGACAAUGAGAGGAACUGAGAGUGUGAGACAACAGAGGAGAGGCCAGUAGAUGGAGACCAAGUUUGGAGGCAGAAUAAAGAGAAACAGUGCAGUGAGAGUCACAGAUUUGUAGAGACGAAGGAAGAAAAACAAAUAAGAUAAAGAAGAAAAGAGAAGGUGAGGCACAUAGAAACAAUCGUCCCCGGACACAGACAUUUUUUUUUUCUCCUCUUCGGAGUAUGGUGGCAGAGUGCACAUGGAUUUAGUCGACCUCUACCUCCCAGAGUGUUUCACCUACCACUCUGACACAGAACAUCUGGGCAGGAUGUCAGUGAGGGGCUUGGACCCCACCUGUCCCUCCUCCAUAAAGCGUGAACCCUCCAGCCCGAGCCCCAGCUCUCAGGGUGACGUCAGCCCGGCACAGCCCAGUCCUGGAAGCUCUUCCUCGGACACAAACUCCAGCUAUGGGCUCCUGACGAAGGGCCAUGGUCUCAGCAAUGGGCUGGACUCACCAGGCCUCUAUGGGCACCCAGCAGCAUUGGCGAACAACGGAGGAACAAACAGGAGGUUUGGGGAGGAAGAGGGACAAGUGAAGUGUGAAUUCAUGCUGGGCUCUGUGGCCAAGCGGCUGUGUCUGGUGUGCGGUGACGUGGCCUCAGGGUACCACUACGGUGUCGCCUCCUGUGAGGCCUGCAAGGCCUUCUUCAAGAGGACCAUCCAGGGUAAUAUUGAGUACAGCUGCCCAGCGUCCAAUGAAUGUGAAAUCACCAAGAGAAGGAGGAAGUCCUGCCAAGCCUGUCGAUUUGUGAAAUGUCUGGCUGUGGGGAUGUUGAGAGAGGGUGUGCGUCUGGAUCGGGUUCGAGGCGGCAGACAGAAGUACAAGAGGAGAAUAGACGCUGAGAACAGCCCGUAUCUGCACCCACAGAACAGCUUGCCCCAGAAGAAAACAUACUCUGUUGGUGGUGCAGUAGAGAACAAGGUGGUGUCUUUGCUCCUGGUGGCCGAGCCAGAAGGCAUCUUCGCCAUGCCGGAUCCCACCGUACCCGAGAGCGACAUCAAGGCUCUGACCACGCUGUGUGACCUGGCUGACAGAGAGCUGGUGGUCAACAUCGGCUGGGCCAAACACAUCCCAGGCUUCCCCUCACUCUCACUGGCCGACCAGAUGAGUCUCCUGCAGAGCGGCUGGAUGGAGAUUUUGAUCCUGCGAGUGGUGUUCCGCUCACUGGCGUUGGAGGACAAGCUGGUGUACGCCGAGGACUACAUCAUGGAUGAAGAGCAGUCAAAGCUAGCAGGGCUGCUCGACCUCAACAACGCCAUCCUGCAGCUGGUGAAGAAGUACAAGGCCAUGGGGCUGGAGAAGGAGGAGUUUGUGGUCCUCAAAGCUAUCGCUCUCGCUAACUCAGACUCCAUGCAAAUUGAAGACUCAGAGGCAGUUCAGAGACUCCAGGAUGUCCUUCACGGGGCCUUACAGGACUACGAAGUCAAACACCACCCAGAGGACCCUCGGCGAGCUGGUAAACUGAUCAUGACCCUUCCUCUCCUCCGUCAGACGGCUGCUCGUGCUGUCCAGCACUUCUGCAGCAUCAAACAGGAUGGCCGCGUGCCUAUGCACAAACUGUUCCUCGAACUGCUGGAGGCUAAAGCCUGAACUGAACACAGACAGCCAUUAGAGUCGUCCUAAACCGUAGGCGCAGCGGUUAGGAUGAGAGGAAGUGAAGGAUAACGGGUAACGGUGGGGUUUGACACCAUGUAUUUGUCCAUUUCAGCUUGCAUUUGACAAUAAAGUUUUGACUUUGCAAACGCCGGGAAAGUAUAUUCUAUAGGCAAGCAGUUGGAACAUGUUUAGAGCCACACCUGUCCUCCUUCCAAUGAAAGUUUGAAUGGAAGUGAAUGAAAUGCAUUUAGUGUCCGGCGACAAAGAUGUUUGUGACACUGAAAUAAGUGCGUUGGCCCGCUUCAAAUGUUGAAGACGGAUGACCAGACAGCGUAAAAGCAGAAGGAUCGCCUUCUAGAGAUACUUACAAUUACAUGCCAAAAGUAGAGCUUCUUUUGUCAAACGACCACCUGAUACUUGAAGAUCCUCGUGGAUUAUUACACCCAUCUCUAAGCCUGUUAAUAUGCAUUCUAGUGCAUUUAGAGAGCCUUCUAUGGUUUUAUUUAUCCUUUUUGUAUAGAGAAGGUACAGUAAAUGUGUCCUAAGAGGUAAGUCUUGCCAAAGAGUAAAGACUCAUACUUUUAAAAAUACCAGCAAAUGUCCACAAUAAUAUAAUGUGGCCUGUAAGACAUUCACAUAAACCUGCAUCCCUGCUCUGUUGUGUAUCGCAAAAAAAAAAAAUCUAUCUAUCUAUUCACUACAUGGGAAACAUUCAUACAUAUAUAUAUAUAAGGGAAGAGAUAAUCUCAUGAAACAAUAACCGGCCUCCUUAUUUUAGCAGAAAAUUUCAGGGAAAGAAUACUUAACAUGAUACAACUGUAUGACAACAAAGUGAUAUUUAUUUCUGUUGUUUUGCUGUUUUUUUUUUAUUUACUAAUGUGGCAUUAAUGAAGAGUAGAUUCAAGCAAUUACAGUGGAUAAUAAUUUUUAAGAAGAUUUUUAAAUUGUAAGAUAAUUUUUUACUAGCUUCUCUGCUACACUUACAGCACUGAUACCUAUACCAUAUCAUGAAAUUCAAGACAACCUGAUUAUAAGUGGAGUACGUACUUGAAGAUCAUAAUGUCGUAGAGUUAUGUAGACCCAUAGAUAUAACUUUAACUAUGUAAAAUGGCUGCCAUACUGUAUAAUCUGGAGUAGGGAGGCGCUUGAUGUCCUUUCUAUGGUAGAAGUCUAUGUGUAGGAUGAAAUUUGUGCACUACUUUUUUCCUUUUAGCCAUAACGUUUGGGGAUACUGGUGAUGGCCCUUUGUUAAUCUGUUAGUGUGUUUUGUGUGAAGAAUAGUUAUAUCUGAAAUUUGUCGCACACAUUAAAUGAAGGGAUUUAAACUCGGGAAGGAAUCUCAGUACAAUAAAUAAAAAGUCUUGCUCCUUAUUUUACUCCUUAAAUAUCGCAAGGUACUGUGACACUAAUGUGUGCAUAUUUUUGUGACAAAAUGAUGAGAUGUGGCAGCAAUAUGACGGUUUAAAUGUAUGUUUUGAUGUAUAUACGUCAUGUCUUAUGCCAACGGAGAUGUUUAAAGAUGCAGAUAAGCUUUGUUUGGAAGAGCUGUGCCGUGCUAUUUCAUUCUCAGGUGGAUUCUUUGGGCAAUAAAGAUGAUCCCCUCAAUGCAAAGCUCAUAUCAUCUCAGUGUCGUCUUUCUCAAUGAAGAGAAUAACACUCUGAAACAAAUUCAU